AUGGAACCAACUUUAUUUAUGGCAAGAGUAGCUGAGUAAGGAGAGAGAUUCGAUGAUAUGUUUGAUUUCUUGAAGUAGUUUUUGUAAACUAAAAAUCACUUUACCCCUGAUGAAAGAAAUCUCCUCUCAGUGGCUUUUAAAAAUCUUGUAACUCCAAAGAGAACAACCUGGAGAACAAUAAUGGCAGUUGAAUAAUCUCAAAAGGCUUCUCAAAGCACUUAAAAUGCAAUUGAUGGGUAUAAGGCAGUAAUUGAGGAGAGAUUGCAUAAUAAUUGCCAAAGCAUUGUUGAUGUUCUUAGGAAUUCAGUGAUUUCAAGAGUAGAAAAAUAACUUGAAAAGGAGAAAACUCAUGCAGCCUUUGAAGAAAGAGCAUUCUUUCAUAAAAUGGUUGGGGAUUAUUUCAGAUAUGCCAGUGAAGCAAUUUCCUCGCAAGCCUCCAAAGAAAGACUUCCCAAGUUUAAAAAAGGUGCUCUUGAAUCAUAUAAAAAAGCGAUGGAGAUUUGCAAGAAAGGGUUGAAACCUUACAACUCAGUAGUUUUGGGAUUAGCUCUAAAUUUUUCAGUCUUCUAUUAUGAAGUUAUGGGCGAUCCAGCAAAAGCUUGUGAGAUCGCUAAAAAUCAACUAGAAGAGGCUCUUGAAUAAAUUGAUGAGUGUUCAGAAGAAAAUUUUCAAGAAGCUUAGUCGAUUAUAGAAUUGCUAAAAGAAAAUCUUAACAUCUGGGCUGAAGAAGUUGAAUUUGAAUGA